UGAGGCCACUAACGGGAUCACCAAUCAUGUCUUUCCGCGACCUGAGGAAUUUUACAGAAAUGAUGAGGGCCCUGGGAUACCCGCGACACAUCUCUAUGGAGAAUUUUCGUACACCAAACUUUGGACUUGUAUCUGAAGUGCUUCUCUGGCUUGUUAAGAGGUAUGAGCCUCAGACUGAUAUCCCUUCUGAUGUUGACACAGAGCAAGAUCGAGUUUUUUUCAUUAAGGCAAUUGCACAAUUUAUGGCUACCAAAGCUCAUAUAAAACUCAACACUAAGAAACUAUAUCAAGCAGAUGGAUAUGCAGUAAAGGAACUAUUGAAAAUCACAUCAGUCCUUUAUAAUGCUAUGAAGACUAAAGGAAUGGAAGGCUCUGAAAUAGGAGAGGAAGAUAUCAGCAAAUUCAAAUUCGAUCUUGGCUCAAAGAUUGCAGAUUUGAAAGCAGCUAGACAGCUUGCUUCUGAAAUUACAUCAAAAGGGGCAUCUCUCUAUGAUUUACUUGGCAAAGAAGUAGAGCUUCGGGAACUGAGAACAGAAGCAAUUGCCAGACCAUUAGAGAUAAACGAGACUGAAAAAGUGAUGAGGAUUGCAGUCAAAGAUAUUUUGGCACAAGUUCAGAAAACUAAGGACUUGCUCAACAAUGUGGCCUCUGAUGAAGCAAACUUAGAAGCCAAAAUCGAAAAAAGAAAAUUAGAACUUGAAAGAAACCGAAAGCGCCUGCAGACUCUACAGAGUGUCAGACCAGCCUUUAUGGAUGAAUAUGAAAAGAUUGAGGAGGAAUUGCAGAAGCAGUAUGACAUUUACCUGGAAAAAUUUCGGAAUCUGGCCUACCUAGAACAGCAACUUGAGGAUCAUCAUAGAAUGGAGCAAGAGAGGUUUGAGGAAGCUGAAAAUACUUUACGUCUAAUGCAGAAUAAACUUAAGGAAGAAGAAAAACGACUGCUUAAAAGUGGAAGUAAUGAUGAUUCAGACAUAGACAUUCAAGAAGAUGACGAAUCUGACAGUGAAAUGGAAGAGAGACGAUUAUCAAAGCCACGAACAGCCAUGGAAGUUUUGAUGCAAGGAAGACCCAACAAACGCAUCGUGGGUACAAUGCAAGGUGGAGAAACUGAUGAUGAUGAAGAUUCAGAGGACAGUGAAAUUGAUAUGGAAGAUGAUGAAGAAGAUGAUGAUGAUUUGGAAGAUGAAAGCAUGGCUCUUUCUCCUACCAAGCCAAAUCGUAGGGCCCGGAAACCUGAGCCCUUGGAUGAGAGUGACAAUGACUUCUAGCUUACCUCUUCUGGAUCCAAUACAAAUUAAACACAAUAUAGGUAAAUGUGUGAUGAGAAGUUUGGAAAAGCAACAUGCAUUAUUUUAACUAAAUUAGUUGUUCGUUAUUGAAAAUGUUCAAGCUAUAUCCUCCUUUGCUUAGAUUCCAUGAGAUUUAGCCAUGAACCAAAACCACCACCAAGUAGUUUUUAAAUAUAAUUUACUUACUAUUUUUGGACAACAGGAUUUCUUGAUUUUUCACAUCAUGGAGGAGAUAUGAAAAGGUCCACAGAACCAUAAAGAAAAGAGAAACAUGACUAAUUCCAUAGUAUCACAAGUCAGAUAUUAAAAACCACCCCAGGAACAGCUUACCCAGUAUAUACUGCUUUUACAAAGUUUAGAACACUGUGGUAACAUACUGAUUUUUAUGAGUCUAACUUUCUUUUUAAUUUUAAACUC